AAGGCGCGCUAAGCCGGGCUGGAGCGGAGUGUCUCGGAGGCUGUGUGCUCCGUUCCAGAGCCCAAGGACUCACAGCCUCCUCCUCCGCUGCCUUCCUGUGCCAACAACCCCCCAAAAGUUGUGAUGCUUUUCUUUACACAGUGCUUUGGGGCUGUGUUGGAUCUCAUUCACCUCCGGUUUCAGCACUACAAAGCUAAACGGGUUUUCUCCGCUGCUGGGCAACUUGUCUGUGUGGUCAACCCCACGCACAACCUAAAGUAUGUGUCUAGUAGACGGGCCAUCACUCAGAACUCGGCAGAGCAAGGUAGCUUCCACCCGCACCACCUUCCCCACCACCAUCGGCACCACUGUCACCACAACCACCUGUAUCAGCAUGCCCGUCCCCGCCACCUCCACCACCAGGAGCCGGGGCUGCACAGUGCUCAGGUGACAUCCUGCAUUUGCCCACUGUUCUCCUGCCAGUGGGAAGGCCACCUGGAGGUGGUGGUUCCUCACCUGCGGCAAAUCCACAGGAUUGACAUCCUGCAGGGGGCGGAGAUAGUCUUCCUGGCCACUGACAUGCACCUCCCAGCGCCAGCCGACUGGAUCAUCAUGCACUCCUGCCUCGGCCAUCACUUCCUGCUGGUGCUCAGGAAACAGGAACGACAUGAAGGCCACCCUCAGUUCUUUGCUACCAUGAUGCUGAUUGGGACCCCCACCCAGGCCGACUGCUUCACCUAUCGCCUGGAGCUCAACAGAAACCACAGGCGUCUCAAAUGGGAGGCCACCCCGAGAUCUGUCCUGGAGUGUGUGGACUCAAUCAUCACUGAUGGGGACUGCCUGGUUCUCAACACCUCACUGGCCCAGCUCUUCUCUGACAACGGCAGCCUCGCCAUUGGAAUCGCCAUCACCGAGACCGAGUCGGAGGUCAGUGCCAGGGAUGCUGCUGAGAUGUGAGACCUCGAGUCUCCAGAUAUCCUGUGCACCUUGGACUCCGGAUAUCCUGUACACCUUGGACCCCGGAUAUCCUGUACACCUUGGAUCCCGGAUAUCCUGUGCACCUUGGACUCCGGAUAUCCUGUACACCUUGGACCCCGGAUAUCCUGUGCACCUUGGACUCCGGAUAUCCUGUGCACCUUGGACCCCGGAUAUCCUGUGCACCUUGGACCCCUAGACAGCCGGACUUUUUUAUUACCCAUCUUUUUUCUUUUCUUUCUUUUUCGUCUCAGGUGAUUUGAGGUAUUAGUAUUCGUCUACCAUGGGCAUUAUAUUAUGUAAACAACUGUGAUUCAAGAUCUUGGUGUGAAAUCUGUCCUGUGUUGUUGGUAAGGUUUUGUAGGACAUUCAGAAGAGUCUACCAGAAGAGUUAUUUUUCCCCAGUGCUAGUCCCUUUCUUCACUGCCUCCAAAGGGGGCAAGUACCACUGGUACCAGGAAGCAGAGUGAGCACUGGAGCAAAAGAGUUAGGCGUCCAAACUCACCCUUCUGUCCAUCUCGGGGCUGUUUCAGAUAGAGCCUAACUUGUCAUGGGUGAGGCAGCACAUCUGGAGAGAAAACCCAGACCGCUGUGAUCUGCAGGAGCCUGAGACAGUGUCUCCACAGACCAUGGAGCCCACCUGGAGGGGCAGCCUGUGUAUCAGAAGCACUCACUUGACCCUGGGCUGGAGACAGUGAUCAGAUU